AUGGAUAACUUGAUAACCAUAUGGCACGACCAAGUCGCAGCGGAUUCCUUUUGCAAUAUUCAAGAACUUGUGGUUGAGUUUUGUGAAAAUUUUUUGCACGUAUUCGACUCUAAUAUGCCUAGAAGAUUCAAACACCUAACAGCUCUACGUAUUAGUGACUGUGCUUCAUUGGAGGAAGUACUUGAAGUAGCAAUGCAGGGGCGGAAUAGUAAUGUCGAAGCCCAUGCUGUGACGACCACUUAUUUGAGCACAAUGAUAUUGGUGCGUCUACCAAGACUGAAAAAUGUAUGGAAUAAGGAUUACCUAGAUAUUUGCAGCUUUCAAAAUCUACGUGAAAUUCAUGCCGAGGGAUGUGAGAGCUUGAAAAGUUUCUUUCCAGUAGUCUUGGUGGCUACAAGUCUCACGCAAUUGGAGGAUCUUCAGAUAGUCAAUUGUUGGAUUGAGGAAAUUGUCGCAAGAGGACUAGGAGAAGAAGCAACACCAAGGUUUGUGUUCUCUCGUAUGACUACACUAAAUCUUUUAGGGCUGGCAAAACUCAAGUUGUUUUAUCAGGGAGUGCAUACUUCAAAAUGGCCAUCACUGAAAAAUAUGAGGGUGGAUGGAUGUCAAAAAGUUGAGAUAUUUGCUUCAGAAUAUAUGAGCUUUCAAGAGGCACUUGAAGAAAGUCGACAAAGCAAGAUCUCAAGUGACCAACCCCUUUUCUUGGUUGAUCAAGAUCAGGCCGCAUUCCCUAGUUUGGAAAUACUGAUAAUCUCCCACAUGGAUGACAUGAAAGUUAUAUGGAAUACCCAGUUCGCAGCUGAUUCCUUUUGCAAACUUCAGAUGAUGAGAGUUGAAUCUUGUGCAAAUCUUAAUAGUAUCUUUCCGUUUAAGAUGCUUAAAGUCUUCCAGAGUCUGAACUUCGUGAAUGUAGUCAGUUGCGGUUCUCUAAAACAAGUGUUUGACCUACAAGGGCCAAGUUUUCAAGAAACAGGUGCUAUAACAGUCAUGCAAUUGAGGGACUUAUAUUUGAGUGAUCUGCCAAAGCUGAAGCAAAUAUCGAAUAAGGAUCCCCGUGAUAUUUUGAGCUUUCAAAAUCUACGUGAUCUUCCAUGGCCAGAACACUCAUGGAAUUGGAAUCUCUUGAGGUAA